UACCACGCACAACUGCGCACCAGCUCCUGUGAGCACGUGACUGCCAGAGUCUCGUACUCGCGACAUCCGGGUUCUGAGCGCUGGGGGCAGCGCGGGCGGAGCCGCCGGAAGCGCGCUGCCGUUGAAUGGGAGAAGGAGCCGGUGGUUGGCAAGGGACACCUCCGGGACGGAUCUGUAAAGCAAAUAAGUAUUAUUAGCACCAUAUUGUAGUGGGAGAACUGAGAAUGAGGACCUAAGGCGGCUAUACUUUGAAGUAAAGGUAAAGUAUGCAUAAAGUGUUUACCAUAGUGUGAAGAUAUAUAUAAUGAGUUUGAAGAGAAGCAGGGAGGCUGUUUUUACAAAGUGAAGCCAAAAGACAAAGAUACAAGAGAUUAUGGAGAACACAAAACAAUUUUGUGUUUUAGAGCUCCAGAGUUGAAAUCUAAACAUUUCUGUUGAUCACUCUGUACUUCUGUUUGCCUAUUUGAAGCCUAUUGGCAAACAUCUAUUAAUAUCCAAGGUUGUGGACUGAACUUGAAAUCAUGGAUUGUGGAACUCAGUUUGUUGAAACUCUCAAGAGGAUAGGUUAUUCAAAGGCAGCUUCUCUUAAUGGAGAAGACUUUGACUGGUUGUUUGAAACUUUGGAAGAUAAGUCAUUCUUGGAGUGGUUUUGUACCAGUUUGAAUGAGUAUCAUUCAUUAUCUGCAGAAGAGCUACAUUCUUUUCACACUCUCAAAUCUGCAAAGCCUGUACUAGAAGAGGAGGCUUUGGAUGAAGUUCUCAAAACUUGUAAGUCUCUUGAUAUAAACUCCAGUACUUGUGAAGAAGAAGAACAAGAAAAACUGAAAACAUUAGAAGAUGAACUUCAGAUGCUACAGAAGAUCAAACAGAGAAAGAUUCAUGAUCGUAACAAGCUUCAAGCGAUGGCCUCAACCAAUAGCCUUAUGUCCCUGAAACUUAAGGAGAUAGGAGAGGAAACAUCUAAAAACCUGAAAGAGAGUCAGGGGAUUUUCACUGCCAUUAAUACAAAGAUAAACAAUGAGCUGCAGUCUCUUAUUGAAAGAACCGAGAAGCUCACUUCUUACUUUGCUGUUGCACACAAACAGCAAGAGCUGGAUCCUCAUCCUGUGAUGUUAGCCCAACUUGCUUUGGAUCAAUACUUGUGUCAGGAAGAACGAAGCACAGCAGCGCUGACUUCAUAUACAAAAAAGCAGUUUUUCCAGGGCAUAUCUGAGUUGGUUGAAAGUUCUAAUGAAGAAAAGUUUCAGCUUGUAGAUAUACGAAAUGCAUCCGUUUGUGUUGAGACCAAGGAUGUUUUUGAGGAAAGGCAAGAGCUGACUAGACUUCAGAUGGCAUAUAUUUGUUCUCAGAACCAACUAAUUCAGCAGAAUGCUAGGUAUCUAAGCAUGAGAUCAGGUCUCCAUUGGGCAGAAGAAAAUAUUUGUUCUGUAAAGAAGAAGACUUCUGGGACAGAAGAACUUGAAGCUAGGAUUUCUAGCUUGAACAAUGAAAUUUCAAAAAUGAAAAAACAAUUGACACAUAUAAACAAUGAAACCCUACCUAUGCUGGUAAAACAGGAUGCAGAGCUAUUGAAUAUGCCAGUAGUUCGAGGUGAUUUUGAUCUACAGAUUGCUCGGCAAGACUACUACAUAUCAAGACAAGAUCAGAUUUGUAACCAGUUGAUCAAACAGAAAGCAUCAUUUGAACUUCUUCAACUGGCUUAUGAAAUCGAGUUGAGAAAGCUUAGGGAUAACAGUCGUCUACUGGAAAAUAUGGCACAAGAUCUGAAACGGAGCAGUAACUCUUUGGUGCAGACUCUAGAAGCAAUGUCUGAGCCGUCCAUAUCUGAUUAUAAAAUACCAAGAAGCGCUAUUGAUUCAAGGGAUGAUGCUACACACAGGUUAUAUGAACUAAUGGAAGGAAAGAAUUCAAAACAGUUGCUCAGAACACAAGAUGGCCUUGAGCAGAUGGCAGAAAAAUUACAUCUAGACACUGUGUCAGUCCUUGAUCAAUUAGCAGCAUCAAGCCAAGAACAAAUUCUUCUUAUGUCAAAAAUGGAUUCUGAUUUAGUUACUCUUCAAAAUUCUAUGUACUGCAAAGGAGAAAGUGUCUGUCUUAGUAACCAGGACUUGACUGAGCAAUUCCAUCAGCUGGAAUUUCAGUUGAAUAAAUUAAAUCAGCUCAUUAUGGAUUUCCUUGCUGAUAUGAAGGCUAAGAAGAGGGUUUUGGAAAAUAAUAAAUUACAACAAAUGGAAAGAAAACUGUAUAUGUAUUUUUUCAAAGAUGCAGAAUAUUUGAAGAACAUUGUGGAGAGAACUGAACAACAGGCUAAGACUCAAGUGAUGACCUGAAGAUUAAAAUUUAGAUUUUUUAAAAAAUAUAGAAUUGUAAACUCUGUUGAACUUUACAAUGUUCAAAUUAAAGGCAAGAGGAAAACAAUGGCUGUCCCUGCAGCAUCAGGAAAUCACCAUGGGGCGGGGGGACGGGACGGACAAAAGCUAUGGGGACCAUUAACUACUGGGGAGUAAAGUGCUCAGUGCAUUUCAAGCUUGAGCUCUUCAAGACAGAGUAAAAUCUGGAAAUACUCAUUCAAAACUGUGUAACAGAAAAGCAAAGCCCUUGAAGCAAGCCUAUCCAACUCCCAAUCCAGUUAAAAUAAUACUUUCUUUUUGGACUGUAAGAGCACUCUUUACUGAAAUGGGAAAACCAUAUAGGCUUAUUAUAAAGCUUCUGAUGAAUUUACACAGUUUUAGAGGAGAUCUUUCUUUGAGGUUUUGUUCUGUCCCUGAGAGAGCACCAACUUGAAAUGUGUAAGACACUUUUCUCUAUAGCUGGUUUUCUUGUUCUAGAAUUAACUGGCACAUCAUUAUAGCUCUGCAUUAUUAUGGAAUUGGAACAUGUUCUAUGCAGAUUAGAAAUAUUCUUUUGUGCAGUAUGCUUGUAAAUAUUUUAUUCUAGCAUCAUCUGCUUUGAAUUUUUAUUUCCCCAGUAUUGUACAGAUUUGUACUUAUGCAUAAUUAAGGACUAUGAUCUUUAAUCUCAAUACUACAUGUAGCACAGGUAGAGAGGCUAAGGCCACAAUUUUAAACAUACCUAUCAGGAAGCAAGUCCUAUCCAGCCUGUGGCUUAAUUCCAAGUUAAACAUAUUUAGAUUCGACUGUAAAUGUUGGUGUUAAAAUGUGAGUUCUGAUUCAAAUGAAUAUGUCAAUGCUAUUAGCACCUAAAUACAUUUUUAACAAUUCUG